AGGGGGGUAGAGGUUACGCGUGCGGGACUCAGGCUCGGUCCCCUGAUAAACGCGGUGCCUGGAGGUUGGGGGGAUGGGCCCCGGUCUCUGAUUGCGCGGUGCUGUGUCUCCCUUGGAAAGCCUCAAGGGCUGGUGUCUCUGUGUUGCCCUUGUAAAAGCCCAGUGUCAUGACCCAGGAGCACCACGGGCAGUUUCGCAGUGGAGGAGGGACUGGCUGUUCACCCCAUAUCACUUUUCUGCAAGUCCAGAGAUGUCAAAUGGGGGUUGAUUUCUGAAACAGAGCUCAAAUGAGGCGGUUGGAAAAGAUGUAGAGAUUCUGAACAGAGACUGGAGAAGGACAUGUGCUUCGGUCUGCCUUUCUUCAGCUGAUGUCUCCUCCGUUUCUUGGUUCAUGUCAUGCAAGAGCUGGAUCUCUGGGCUUUUGGGCCAGAUGGUUUGGAGAUGGGCAUGCUGCACCCUUUUGUUCUCCAUUCCUAUCUGGGGUUCUAGCAGAAUUCGCAUCUUUCAUCUUUUCCCCUUUUUCUUCUCCUCCUCCAAUGAUUUUUUUUAAUCCUUGAACAGACAGUUCAACCUUGGGUACCCUAGAUGCUUGGCUCUCUGAAGAAACCCUUAAACUUUUGUGGGAAAGAGCUCUCUCCCACUUGGCAGGACACUCUUCUGGGAGUCCUGAGCUGAAAUACCUGACAUGGUGAAAUCAAGUUAUUACAAACCCAUGAACAUUUACAGUCCCAAUGUAUCUAAUGGUGUCUGGAGCCUGAAGGCAAAUGAGGUGAAAGUGAUAAAGCUCUUCUGAACACAACACUGGAGGCACAAGGGGAGUUGGACUGCUUGGACUCUAUUGUCCCUGUUGUGUUAGUGGGGCUGGCUGCACUGUUCCAUUGUUCAUACAAAGAUAAGUACAAAUACAGGGGGCUUGGUCCUCAUAGUAUGGUUUCACAGAUAGUUGUUGGAAGGCUGUUAUGGGGAUGACUGAUGUGUGCUAUGUUUUCAUUUAGAAGCCCAAAGUAGCCUGCAGCUCCUGGCAGGUGCCCAUCCCUCCCUUGAUUAUGGCUGAGGCUCAUAAUCUGGGUCCUCCUAGAGGAGGUGCGGCUUUCCUCAACUAGUGAUUGGCUGAGGGAGUUGAGCAGGGAAAGGCUGGGAGCCAGCUUGUUGAGACAGGGCUGGGAAGUGAGUUCUGGGUAGUGAAUCUGUAGAAUCAAAGGAAGCGACUUUCAAAAGUAACCAUUACCUCCCAUAAACUGCUGACACCGGUCCUGAGCUGGUGUAGCCCAGCAUGGCUGCAUUUUCUUGGGAACACUGAUGGCUUCCUUUGAAGAGGAGCUGUUCUGUAUCAUCUGACUAAGGCAGAGUUAGGUGAGAGGGGAGUUCUGGAGGCUUCUGGGCUAGUCUUCAAAACAGGGCUGACUUACAAGUUGGACCGAGUUGCACUGGGCUUGUCCAGUCUAGAUUUGACUGUCUACCAGGAUGAAGACCCCGCAGCUUCUCAGGGUCUGACCCAGGGCUGCCGCACACUCAGAAGGAAGAAUUUUUUCUGUAUGGUCAAUCGAGAUUUCCCUUUUGCAGUUUGUUCCCAUUGCUUUUUGUGCUUUUGCUGUGUGUCUUUGCAUAGUCACAGGGCCUUAAUCCUUCUUCUGUCCAACUGAAGCAGAAUUAAAGUGAUUCUUAUAUUUGUCUGCAUCCGCUACUGAUGCUCACAUUUCUGACUACGUGGAGACAAGUUUGUUUCUUUGUGUGUGCAUGGAAAUAAAACAGCAACAAUUCUCAAAAUAGUUUUUUUUUAAUUUCAUUCCCUUUGCAUUGUAAAAAAGAUGAAGUUUGUUUUAAGAAGUUGUUUGGAUGCUUUGAGCUGUGUUCUUGCAGUUAGUUUCUCUUCUUUUGUACUUGUUUUCUAAAACUCAAAGAUUUAGUCACUAAACUGGAGAGGGAUGGGAGAUGGAAAGGUAAGCUUUGAGGAGCUGCAGUUUGUCUUAUUCAGCCACAUGACCACCUCUUUCCAAGCUAUGUCAAUGGCUUUCAAGCGGCCGAGACUGUCAGCACUUCAUGGAGUGAGCUGCAAGGCAGAAAGAUUUCUUUGUGAAAAGGAUCCUGGUUGAUGGUUGUGAUCUGCAGCUCUUGGAGAUGAUUAACUUUGGAUAAGGAACCAUAAGUCAUUACCAGUUCACUACACAGGACAGUUAAUUUGUGAUUGGUGUUUCUACAACAUCCUGCUUGGGACCCAGGCACAAAUCCAGCUGUCACACUUAGAAAGGCUUCUCGGUCCAUUUCCCCACAAAAAGGAGGCUAAAGAGUGGGUUCUGCUGAGAACAAUUCAGGCCAAGAUGUUUCAUUUCACAAGGGGGUGACUUAAUAGACAUUAGUUGGUUAUCUGAGGGAGAAUUUUCCAUUUGUCAGCCAGUUUUUGGGUAUGAUAUGGAUUUCACCAACUGCACAGUGACCAAAAGGCUCCCUUGGGAGAUGCCUGAGUAGGAGCAAAUCUUGUGCAGGUGGAGUGGGAUGGUAAAACAGAACAACGGAGGGUUGCACCUCAUCGUUUUAGGGUGGGAGACAGAUGCGUAUCCUAGCAGAGGAGAAAGAUCACUCCAGUUCAUUGGCUUCAGAAGCCUGGGUUUCUCUGCACCUCUUGUGACUCAAGUCAUCCUGUUUUUAGUGCAUGGAACAAGCUUCAUCUGCAUUGUCUUUGUUUGAUGUAAAUUACUUCUUGCUUCUUACUGCUUUUGUGUCUGAGGACUAGCAAGGCAUUUGCAAAUGCUUUUGAAGUAACUGUGCUUUAAUGCACUAAGGUACUAAGGUAGAAGUGAAUAGCUGAGUAUUCUGACAGCCAGGAAAGCUCCAUCCAGGAUCCAGAGCAAAACAGCUCACCAAAAAAAAAAAAAAAAUUGUUUCAUGCUCUUUUGGCUGAAGACUUUGAGGUAACAGUUCUCUGAGGGUAGGCUUCCUUCAAACCUGGUAUACAAUUGGUGCUCUUGGAGAUGUUACUAGUUCUUAUCACCUUUCUGGGUUCUGCUUUUUGGAUUCAUCCAGGCUGAAUUCAUUGACUUUGAGGCUGACCUCAACCCAAUUUUAGCUUCUGUAUCAAACAAAACGUUGACUGGCAGUCCCAUCUGACAGUUUUCACAUGACUCUCUGAUGUGAUAUAACUUCUUAUGUUGUUCUUUCUGUGGAUACUGAGUUUUCAUGGGUUAGUAGGGAGAGCGAAGUGCAUGGUCUCUGCCUGUCGUACUGCUCCUUGUGACUGCCUUAAGGGCAGCUCAGCACAUCACUUUCCUGGCAGCUUGGUGGUGUUUUUAGAACAUUCUCCAGUAUUGAUGGACUCCUUGGAGUUUCCUUUCAGUAUCGAAAGUAGUCAGUUUAUCUCUGCCACUUCUACUCCACUGACUUACCUGAAACUGAUUUUUUCCUUGCUGUCGGAGGAGAAUGUGCUGGGAAGCAGUCUUCCUUCCAGCCAAGCUGUGGGCCCAAAGCUCUUCUCCAGAAUUGGCAGCAGCACUAAAUUUGGCAUGCCUGAACUCGUAAUUGCCAUCUGACCUCUGGAAUAGCUUAGAGGAGAUCCUCGAGGUCCCUGGUGCAGCCUUGUCUGGUGGUGGUGGUGGAUGAAGUCUGAAGCAGAGCCUUUCAGCUAUCCAAGGUGGAGGAAAUGCUGGUGUUCAGGUUCAUGAUGGGGUGGCAGGGUUUGGCCCCUACAGGGCUGGGGAAGAUCUGGAGUGGAUGUGAUCUAAGCCUGUCUGUGAGAUGAGGGCAGAUGUCUGAAAGACUGGAAGGUGGUUAGAUGGCUCUGUUAGAAGAGGGAGAAAUCGAUUUCAGUCUGUGCUGUCCUUGCAGAGGCUGAAUAGCAGCACAGAGGCACAAGUGAGCCUGGUAGCUUGGGCAACACACUCAUGGUCCCCAGGAGCAGGCUUCCACAUGCAGCCGUUACCUCCUAUGGAUGCAAACUACAGUGCCUCCGGAUCCAGGUGAGGAAGAUCGCCAGGGAGAGGGACAAGGCAAGGCUGGACUUGGAGAAAGUGGAGGGACGCUGCUUGCAGCUUGGCAGGGAAUUGGAAAAGCAGUGCGUCGUUCUCAAGCACACCCAGAGCAAGCUCAAGGAUGCUCAGGCAGAAAUAGAGGCAAAAGAGCUGCUUUUGCAGCAAGUAGUUAAUCACCAAAUAAAGGUGGAGGCGGAUACACAGUUCCUCUGGCGCAAAGAGGCCAGCCUGCAAGGGAGAUUGAACGACAGGAUGAAGGAGAACACACAGCUGCAAAACAAGGUCACAGAGAUGUCUGAGAAACUGUCAGCUUCUGAGAAGCUGGUGUUUGAGCUGCAGAAGGAACUCGAUCGUGUUGUGAAGGACAAGCUGGCCCAGAUGGAGCCCCACAGCCCAGAGCUCCCAAAUCAGAGCGAGUGCUUUGCAGAGAUUGUCUUGGAGUAUGAGCAGCAGUGCCAGGUGCUGUGGGACCAGAAUGGAAUGCUGUGGAGGGAGCUGGAAAGGCUGCGUCUCCAGCUAUGGGAGAGCGGGGCUGAGAGAGGGCUGCCAGCAGGAGUGUGCUGUUCUCCCAGCCCUCUGGUUCCCACUUCUGCAUUCACAGAGACUUCACUCUCAAUGGAGCAGCUCCAAGAGCAGCUGUGGGAUGUGAAGAUGCAGCUGGAAACAAAGAUAAACUAUUACAAGGAGGAGAUCAAGUUAAUGAGAAAAAACUUUGAGAGAGAAAGGAAGGACAAUGAGGAAAGCUUCAAGGCUGAGAUGCGCAAGAUGGAAGACCAGAAAAGAGACCUGGAAGGAACGGUGGCAAAGUGCUGGGCUGUAAUUGAUAGCCUGAAAGAGCAAAAAUGUGUGUGGAGCCUAGAGGUGGAGGAGAGGUUUGAGAAGGAGCAGGGCAGCGUGGGACAACAGCGUACUGAAGAUGUUUACCAUCCAGGGCAGCUGCUGGAACAGGAGGGAAAAGAUCUGAAGAUGCAGUGGAGUGACAGAGACAGCCUGAGGGGAGAGUUGCACCAGCUGCUAGAAGAGAACAGCUCACUGAAAAGUCAACUUGGGAGACUCCAGCAAGAGCUUAGGCUGGCAAAGGAGAAGGGCAGCAAACACAAGAAACACAUGAGUGAGUUAAGCAGAGAGAAGGUGGAGGAGCUGGCUGAAACAGCAGAGCUAAUAUUGAGUGAGAAGAGCAAGGGGGAGGUCUCCCACCUGAAUGUCAAGAUGGACUGUGAACUCACUGAGCACAAGGCUGGCCAUGGUGCUGGCCCUCGCACAGUCCAGCUGCAGAACCAGAAGCUUGCAGAGGUGGAGUGGCUACAAGGGGCAGAGGCAGCUGCAAGGCUGGAGUGCCACCAGCAGCAUGCAGCAUGUUGGAUGGAGAUGGAGCUGCUCAAACAUCAGCUCAAGGCAUUGCAGGAGAAGCUCUUAGAAGCCAAAGCAAGCCUGAGCCUUGCUCGGACUCAGCAUGCAUUGCAGUUGCAGCAGGCAAAGGCUCAGAUGAACAACAUGGUGCCAAAGAAACAGUAUGAACAGCUGCAAACCAGCUUAAGAGAGGAACAGCGCAAGGCUAAGCAGCUCCAGGAAAACCUCCACUGGCAGGCUGAGCAGGCAUGCAGGCAUCUGGUCAGGACCCAGGAGGAGCAUCAGUGUCUACUGCAGACAGCUGUGGAGCAGGCAGAGGGGCUGGAGCACAAUCUGAGGAGUGCCGAAGCUGUGCUGGCAGACAAGGCAGUUCACCUUGAGGAUGCACAGGCCCAGCUCUCCAGGAACAAACAGCUGAUCAAAGCCCUUCAUGAGGAGAAUAGGGUAUUUGCAUUGGCCCUGCAGGCAGCUGAGCUGAGGCAGAAGAGCACUGAGGAGAAGAACCAGAUGUUGAAGGAGCAAGCCUCAGCCCUGAAGCAGCUGAUUGGAAAAAUCACACCAGCAUCUCUGAGUGGGUGAUGUGGCACCUUCUGUGGCAGCCCUGCCUCUGGCCAGGGUUUGUUAAGUGUGGAAGGGGAAGGUAUGGCUGGGUUGGGAAAUCAGCCUUGUCCUCCCUUGUCUUGCCAGGAUUUUCCUCGAGAAAGUAGAAAACACAUAACCAAGGCCUUUAAGAAAAUUGGUGCUGUGUGUAGUCAUUUUUUCCCUACUAAAAAGACUAGCUUUGGUGCCUUUCUCAGUGGCAGAGUAUGCUGUUGUAAAGUGAGGUCUGUCUCAGAGUAGCCAUCCCAUAGGAGCUGCCUGCACUCUGGCAGCAUGAUUGGUGGUGGUGUUGAUGCUCCCUCUCAAUGAAGGGUUGCUGUUGGGGCCACACUGUAAAACUGUAAGGCCAGGGCAGAAGGGCUUGCAGGUUCCUGUAUCUGGCUCACUUGAGCAGGAAAGCUGUGUUGUGGCAUUAAAAUAUUUGGAACGUUGCAGCACCCCUUGCCAUCUCCAGUCUGCUCUGUAUUUCAGCAACCUCCCACAAAUAUUGCUGAACUUUUACUCUCUACAGCUCGAUUUGAGCUCUAGGAGACUCUGUUCUUCCUAAAGCCUCUUAAGGAAAGAGCCUUCUUUCAAUUUAAGCCUCCACAGCUUAAGGCAGUGAGUAGCUCCAUUAGGAAAGCCAGAUAGUUAGAGCAGCUUUUCAGCCUUGCUCCGGUUUUGUGCUACCUGGGAUCAUUAAAACACUCUGCACCGUUUCCCACCCCUACUCCACAUAGUUCUUAGGCUUUGCCUGGCAAGUGUUCUGGGGAAGGAAACUCUUCCUAGAGGGACAGGGGCACAGUCUAACUGUGCUGGGAUAAACCUGGGGCAGGCCCAUGAACCAGACCACAGUGCUUGUUCAACUCAGCACUCUGAGAAACAUCAUUUAUAGGCCUCUGAUGGAGACAAGGC